UCUCCGAAAUCAAAUCAAAAUCACAUCUUUAUUAAUCCAAAAUGAUUAAGUUGGUAGUGUUGUUUGUGUUGAUAGCCAGCUUGGCUGAGGUACAGCCACUUUCACCUAGCUGCGCUAAAGUUAUGCUAGAAUACGGGCCCAAAAUCUUAAAACUUGAAAAGAACAUAACCCAAACAUCCAUUAAUGAAGUAAAACAGAUCAAUGAUGCGAAGUAUUUAGUUGGCUCAAUCGCCGAUGAAGCGCAAGUAUCAGUCAAUACCCAACUGAAGAACUUGAAGAAGACGGUACAAGAAUCGAUUAAAAAAGCCUUAAAACAAAAAAAGAAUAUAUCUAAGUGUUUAACUAAAGAAACUAUUGCGAUUCACAAAGUGGAUACAAGAGGUAUAGACAAAUGCAGAUUAGACUUGCAAGCUGCCUUGUUGAUAACAAACGUUGUCAAAGAUUUGUCCAAAGAAAAAUCUGCUCUGUCUGUCAACACCAAGCUGUGCGCAAUUAAAAAUCCCUGGAUUGCUUCAAAUUUAAGAGCUUGUCUCGACCAAGAGCUGAAAAAUACCGAAAAUAAAGUCAACGAGUUACAGAAUAAUUUGGAUGGCAAAUUGGAGCAGGCGCAGAAGGAUUCGAUCGCAUGCAUUGGAGUCAAGUUGGGCAAUCUUGAUAUUUCGAUUGAAGCCGUUGGAAUUGAAUUCGAAAGUUGCGUCAAUGAUAUUUUGAAUUAAUUUACUCAUUCAUUAAAUAAACUAAUAAAUAUUAACAUUUUCACAAAUAUAUAUUUUUAAAAGUGUAGUUGUUUUAGAAAUGAAAUUGUUCGGAACCUCAAUAAAAUAAAUUAAAUAGAAUAGACAAACAAUAAUAUGAA